AUCCAAAAUAAGGCUGGACCUUUGAGAUGUUCGAUUAGAUCCACACAAGUAUCCACCAACACAACUCCCUGCCAUCCUCUCCUCGUGCUGGCCGCCCACGCAUAGGCACAGAAAGGCCGCCCCCUCCCGCACGGGCACGGUUCCUCCUCCUCGCAUCCAUGGCCGCAUUAUCAGCGAAGACCAUACAAAAUGCAUUCUUGGCAAAAGAUGGUCCACGGACUAGGCACAAUACAAGAUAUACCUGUGACUUUUGUGCCCUCAAUACCCGCAGCAUGCAUCCCGUCCAGGGAUGUAGAUUAACAUUGGCUGAUACUUCAGCCAAGUGGUUAAAUACCAUAUCAACAGCAUGGAUUAGCUUCGGUAAACAAGCGAAUUUUAGCUGCAAUGCUACUCAAGGUACCAGUGCUGUCGCAUCCACAGAGAAAGUUGAUUUUCUUAAGCUCCAAAAUGGCAGUGAUAUUCGUGGUGUUGCUAUUGCUGGGGUGGAAGGUGAGCCUGUCAAUAUCACCGAGCCUGUCACAGAAGCUAUAGCUGCUGCAUUUGCUGCAUGGUUAUUAAACAAGAAGAAAUCAGAUGGAUUGAGACGUUUAAGAAUCUCUGUUGGGCAUGAUUCACGGAUUUCUGCACAUAAAUUGCAGAAUGCAGUUACUCAUGGAAUUACUGCUGCAGGACAUGAUGUUCUACAGUUUGGAUUGGCUUCAACACCAGCAAUGUUCAACAGUACACUUACCGAAGAUGAGAUGAAUCAUUGCCCAGCUGAUGGAGGCAUAAUGAUAACAGCGAGCCAUCUACCCUACAAUCGGAAUGGUUUCAAGUUUUUUACGAGUGAUGGUGGUCUAAAUAAGGCUGAUAUCAAAGAUAUACUGGAGCGUGCUUCUAGAGUAUACGAGGAAUCUUCACAUGGUGACAAACAAGAACAGACUGGUGUCGUGACUCAAGUGGACUACAUGUCACUUUAUGCUUCCGAUCUUGUCCAAGCAGUUCGUAAAUCUGCUGGAAACAAAGAGAAACCACUGGAGGGACUACACAUAGUUGUUGAUGCAGGGAAUGGAGCAGGUGGCUUUUUUGUGGAUAAGGUACUCAAACCAUUAGGAGCUGUUACCAGUGGUAGCCAAUUCCUGGAGCCUGAUGGUUUGUUUCCCAAUCAUAUUCCGAAUCCUGAGGACAAAGCUGCAAUGGAAGCCAUUACACAAGCAGUGCUUAAUAACAAGGCAGACUUAGGCAUCAUAUUUGAUACUGAUGUCGACAGGUCAGCUGCUGUUGAUUCCAGUGGCCGUGAGUUAAACCGCAACCGAUUGAUUGCUUUGAUGUCUGCCAUAGUUCUUGAGGAGCAUCCAGGAACCACUGUUGUGACUGAUAGCGUGACAUCAGAUGGACUGACUACAUUUAUUGAGAAGAAGCUUGGAGGGAAACAUCAUCGAUUCAAGCGAGGAUAUAAGAAUGUAAUAGAUGAGGCUAUUCGUCUGAAUUCUACCGGCGAGGAAUCACAUUUGGCGAUGGAAACAAGUGGUCAUGGAGCACUGAAAGAGAAUCACUGGCUCGAUGAUGGAGCAUAUCUUAUGGUUAAACUUCUGAAUAAACUUGCUGGUGCCAGAACAUUGAAUCCAAAUAUCGGCAGUAAAGUUUUGACUGAUUUGGUUGACGGCCUUGAGGAGGCUUCUGUGGUAGUGGAGAUAAGGUUUAAGAUUGAUCAGAAUCAUGCAGAUUUGAAAGGAGGAUCCUUCCGUGACUAUGGAGAAUCAAUCUUGAAACAUUUGGAGAAUGUGAUCAGUGAAGACCCAAAUCUCCACAAAGCCCCGAAGAAUUACGAAGGCGUUAGAGUUUCUGGAUAUGGUGGUUGGUUCUUGCUGAGGCUAUCCCUCCAUGACCCAGUUCUUCCCCUUAACGUUGAGGCACAAAGUAAAGAUGAUGCCAUUAAGCUCGGACACUCGGUGCUUGCUGCUGUGAGUGAAUUUUCAGCAUUGGACACAAGUGCAUUGAGCAAGUUUUUGCAGCAGUGAAACGGUAGGGAUAUUAAAUCAUUGAUCGAAGCGCAGCCUUUGCAUGGUAUCUUGCUCGCCUGUGUUGAGCUAGAUUCCGAUAAGCACAGCAGUAUUAUGCAAAGAUGUGUUUCGAGAUAUGCAGAUAUAUACAUGACUUGGCUUCUGUUUGGUAAGGAAGUACCAAAUAGGGAAAAAACAGUUCUCCAUGUUUUCCAGCAGAUGGCAAAUCAAUUGUCAAGAAUCCAACAUACUGACAUGGCCGCAUGGAUGCUUUGUCCAUGAAUAUUUUGGAAGUUGCUCAUUUGCACAAGUAACAUUAUUUUUUGCA